AUGCCUGGGAGAACCGGUUCUCAUCCUGCCAGGGUGAUGUCUAUGGCCAAAUCACCAUCCGAGGACCCCAACUCCAAGCCAAAGAGAGCUAGAUUAGAAAUCCGACCUUCGUUGAGUUUCUCGGACGAAGACAAGAUUGGAACUAUCCAACCACAUGAUGACGCUUUAGUGAUCACCCUUAGAAUAAAGGGGUAUGAUGUGAAGAGAGUAAUGGUGGACCAGGGCAGUUGUGUAGAAGUCAUGUAUCUUGACUUGUACAGAGGAUUAAACUUAAAACCUGAAGACUUGACAGCUUAUGAUUCGCCUUUGCCGCCUAUCAUGUCCAGCCCUGAGGUGGAUGAAGUUUUGUUUGUCUACAUAGCAGUGGCAUCCCAUGCGGUGAGUUUGGUGUUAAUACGGGUAGAUAGUGGUGUACAAAGGCCAAUUUAUUACGUGAGCAAAUCACUACACGAGGCCAAGCUCUCGAUCAGAUCUCUACUUCGAAGCGCUAACUACACAGGGAGAAUUACUAAAUGGGGCACGAUCCUAAGGGCUUUUGAUAUCAAAUAUAUGCCCUGCACCUCCGUUAAGGGUCAAGUCCUCGCCGACCUGGUGGCCGAGUUUGCCAAGACCCCAUCAGAAGAUGAAUUAGAAGAGCGAAACAUGGAUGAAAAAUCGGUUGGCGUAAUGUCCUUGCAAGUACCCUUACCAUGGAUGGUCUACGUUGAUGGUGCAACUAAUCACAGAGGAUAUGGGGUGGGACUCGUUCUAAUAUCUCCAAAGAAGAUCACAAUUGAAAAGUCCCUAAGAUUGGGAUUCUCGUCUACAAACAAUGAGGCCGAGUACGAAACUCUGUUAGUAGGGAUGACCAUGGUUCAGAAGAUGAGCGGAAAAACAGUGGAGAUUUUCUCUAACUCAAGGCUAGUUGUAGGCCAAGACCAAGGGGAGUUGGAGGCAAGACAUCCCAGAAUGCAGGAAUAUUUAAGCCAGGUUAGACACUUACAGUCUAGAUUUAAGUCUUUUGUUUUAUCACAAGUUCCUAGAAGUAGGAAUGCCCAUGCGGACUCUCUCGCCAAACUGGCAACAUCCUCUGCACAGGGCUUACCUAGGAUAAUCCUUGUGGAAGACUUGUGCAAACCCUCUAAGAUGGGAAGGAAUGUGGUCCACAUUCACCAAAUAAGGGUGGGACCUAGUUGGAUGGACCCUAUUGUGUUAUUUCUUAAGGAAGACGUCCUGCCUGAAAGUAAGUUUGAAGCCGACAAGAUACGGAGAAAAGCUUCUCAAUUCUGGCUGUCCAUGGACCAAAAGUUGUAUAAAAGAUCCUUCUCUGGCCCAUACCUGCUAUGCGUACACCCUAAAGCAGUUGAGCUGCUCCUGGAAGAGUUACAUGAAGGGAUUUGUGGAAGCCACACGGGGGGCAGAUCUUUAUCUCAUAGGGCCUUCACACAAGGUUAUUGGUGGCCAAACAUGCAGGAAGAAGCACAGGAAUAUGUGAAGAAGUGUGACCAAUGCCAAAGGUUUGCACCAAACAUUCACCAACUAGGAGGAGUCAUCAAUCCUCUAUCAAGCCCUUGGCCUUUUGCUCAGUGGAGUUUGGAUAUUGUAAGCCCUUUCCCUAAGGCAGUAGGGAAUAAGAGGUAUUUGUUAGUGGGUAGGAAUUAUUUCACUAAGUGGGUUGAAGUUGAACCUUUGGCAAAUAUCAGGGAUAUGGAUGUCAAAAAAUUCCUUUGGAAAAAUAUUGUCACUAGGUUUGGAAUCCCUCGUACUCUCAUCUCAGAGAAUGGACUUCAAUUCGAUAGUAAAGCCUUUAGAAGAUAUUGUUGUGAACUAGGCAUAAUGAAUAGAUAUUCUACCCCGACGUAUCCAUAG